CCUCCUCACCCCCUCCUUCGCCCGCCCGCCCGCCCGCCGCUACCCCAAGCUUCCCGGGGGGCCUAGCUUCCGGCGCUUCUAGCCGUGCUGCUGUGGAGGCGAGAGGUGAGGGCCAGCGAUGAUGGGCCGAGGUGGCGGCGGCGGCGGCGACGGCAGCGGCAGCGGGGAGGCCGCCGCGCCGCUGUUGGGGAGGGCGGCGCUCCCCUUCUUCCACCCCAGCUGCCCCGGCUGCAGGGUGGACAGGAGGAACGAGGGGAGGGAGGGGGUCCCCUACACGGAGCUCUCCCUCAUCUGGCUCGUCACCGUCUCCUCCACCCUGCCGAUACAGUCUCUGUUUCCGUUCUUGUACUUUAUGAUAAGGGACCUGCAUAUUGCUAAAGAAGAAGAAGAUAUUGGAUUUUAUGCUGGUUUUGUUGGUGCGUCAUAUAUGUUUGGAAGAACACUCUCCUCUGUGAUAUGGGGUAUGGUGGCUGAUAAGCACGGGAGGAAGCCAGUAAUUGUGACUACCCUUAUCUCAAUAAUAAUCUUCAAUACACUCUUUGGACUCAGCUCGAGUUAUUGGAUGGCAUUAACCUCAAGAGGCCUUCUUGGGUUGAUGUGUGGUAUACUUGGUCCAAUUAAGGCUUAUGCUACAGAAGCAUGCCGAAAAGAACACAGCCACCUUGCACUAUCCCUUGUUUCUUCCUCACGUGGCAUAGGCCUUAUUGUGGGACCAGCUAUUGGUGGUUAUCUUGCACAGCCUGCAGAUAAAUAUCCAAGCAUAUUCUCUGAGAAGUCUAUAUUUGGGAGGUUUCCAUAUUUUCUUCCCUGCUUAUGCAUUUCACUCCUUGCCAUAAUUGCUCUAAUUGCUUCCUUCUGGCUCCCGGAAACUUUGCAUAAGCACACUAAGGAUAUGGUUCUAAAUGAUUCAAUUGCUGUAGAAGAAUGCCUUUCUGGUCCAACUGCUGAAGAAAAUAGCGGUGGAUGUCUAAAUUUAUUCACAAAUUGGCCAUUGAUGUCUGCUAUCACUGUAUAUUGUAUAUUUUCUCUUCAGGAUGUGGCUUAUGCUGAGGUAUUUUCUCUGUGGGCUGUCAGUGACAGGAAGUAUGGUGGAUUAAGCUUUUCUUCCCAAGAUGUGGGUAGUGUCCUUGCAUUCUCAGGUCUCUUCCUCCUGGUAUACCAAAUAUUGGUCUACCCAUCAGUGGCAAAAUCUGUAGAACCCAUCACGUUAGUCCGUAUAGUGGCGAUCUUGACUAUACCACUUCUAUCUAGCUAUCCAUUUAUGGCUGGAUUAUCAGGGUUCGUUCUUCACUUGAUAGUAAACUGUGCAUCUUUUCUGAAGAAUGCUUUCGCUGUAACAACUAUCACUGUAUUUAACAUCUUAAUGAAUGAUGCUGUGGCUCAGGACUUUAGAGCUUCAGCCAACAGCAUUGCUGUAACUCUGAUGUCCAUUUGUAAAGCAAUAGCUCCAGCUAUUGCAGGAGUUAUAUUUUCAUGGGCUCAAAGGCGUCAGACAGCUUCAUUUCUUCCAGGCGACCACUUGGUAUUCUUCAUACUGAAUGUUUUCACAGUCAUAGGUCUCGUGAGCACUUUCAGGCCGUUUUAUGCUAGAAGCAGCACGAAGCACUGAUGCAUCACUUAGCACACUAACCAUUCUACGGAGACCUGACGUCUGAGAAGCCAAUACUCUUUUUGGCACAGUAUUUUCUGUACGCCACAAACCAUUCUUAUGCACUGCAAAAGUACUUCGAUUUUUCAGACCAAUAAAAUACUUCGGUUUGGAAUGAUGAUCUUGGACUUGCACAGAAUACCGCAUUUUGUAUAUUGGAUGAUGUGGUUCAAUACUGCCAUAUCUCUUGGCUGCCAUUCAGCACUGAAAUUC